AUGGUGGUCUCAAUCGUCACUCACCUCAGGAGUUCUCUGUAUGUCUUCUGCGCACCCAGAGGUGUAGAAGGCACACUUCGCGCCGGCGUGCUCGAACAGAACACGGUUGAUCUCAUGGUCGAGACCGGACUCGGUGAUCGACUGAAGCGGGAGGGCCUCGAACAUCACGGAAUCGAGCUGCGAUUCGGCGGGCGAGGGCACCGAAUCGCGUUCGACGAAUUGACUGACGGGCGCGCCGUCACGGUGUAUCCGCGCACGAGGCUCGAGUGCGCCCUGGUGGCCGGUUGCGACGGAUCACGUACGCAAACGCGAAAGCUGGAUUCCCGAACCGUCGAUCCGAACGGAUCAUUUCCGCCAGUAUCCCUUCGCGUGGUUCGGCAUCCUGGCCGGGCUCCGCCGUCAUCGGAAGAAUUGAUCUACGCCAACCAUGAGCGUGGGUUUGCGCUGAUCAGCACGCGGACGCCCGAGGUGCAGCGUCAUUACCUCCAGGUCGAUCCGGACGACUCCGUGGACAACUGGUCCGACGAUCGAAUCUGGGACGAGCUGCACAUGCGCGUCGACGGCGAGGGCGCAGAGAUCAAGGACGGCAGGAUCUUUCAGAAAUCGAUCCUUCAGUUCCGCAGCUUCGUUUGUGAACCGAUGCAGCACGGCAACCUGUUUCUUGCCGGCGAUGCGGCGCACACCGUGCCGCCGACCGGUGCGAAGGGUAUGAAUCUCGCGAUCGCCGACGUUUACGCUCUGGCGAAGGCAAUGGACAGUUUCUUCACCUCGUCCGACCGAAAGAUGUUGGACGGGUACACCGAAACGGUGCUGCCGCGUGUGGCGGACGCAGCACUUCUCGUGGUGGAUGUCGUCGAUGCUCCAUCGCUUGCCAGACGACAGCGGUUUCGGGCAUCGCCGUCAAUUGGCCGAGUUGGACAUGGUCACGCGUUCGGUCGCCGGACGAACGCUGAUCGCCGAGAACUACAUUUUGCGGUGCGUAAUCAGUGGAGCGGGUGCCUUGAUGGUGUACCAGUUGCCAUCCGAUCGGGGGACGUAUCCGUCGGCGAUGAUUCGACCGGUCAAGUUGUGAACUUCGAUGCCGUCGCCGUCGAUGGGUUCGUUUCGCAG